AAUGGAAUUAGUGUUAAGAACGGGUUUUCAAUCUAUCACACAUAAUAUUAUUUUUCAACCACAGACUCUGAUAAAGGGUAAAAAUUUAGUUUUGGCUGAGCACGUGAGAGAUGUUGAAGAACAUCGAAAAUUAAACCAAAGUUAUUUAAUUAAAUCGCGCGUCAUUCGACAAGCAUCAGUCAAUUCAACGCCUUACACAACAUCAUUGAAUAUUAAUGAGACACGAUUUGUGACAGAUGUCAAGUGUGAUUGUGUUUACAAUCAGAGCAAGAAAUGCAAACAUGUCGCAGCAUUGAUUUAUUACAUUAAUAAUGAAGAGAGUGCAUCAAAAACGAGUCAUGAACAAGUUUGGGGCAAACCUAGUGCCCGACAGUUUGCAAAAAAACAAAUAUGCAAAGGGUAA